AAAACACUGAUGUCAUACUUUCUGUCUUGCUGCUUCCCAAUUAAGCUGUUCCUCAGUCUGUCCGUGUGUCUCCUGUUGUCAGGAACCUAUCUCUUUAGGCCUGGGACGUCCAAGUUGAACAUCUGGCUUGGGAUUUAGCGUCGGGAUGGUGUGAACAUGCGGUGCCUGGCGGCCCGGGUCAGCUACAGGAGCCUGCUGGCGCUCUGCGCCGUCUUCACGCUGCUCACCGUGCUGCUGUGGACCAGGUGCUCCGGCGACAGGGCCCGCCAGUUGGCGCGGUCCCCGGGCGGCCUCCCAGGGUCCCCCCCGGAGCCGGGGGCCGAGGGCGCCGCGGGGGCGCCGCCGUACCAGGAGAUCGACUGCGUCAUCAACGAGGAGCGCACGGUGCGCGGGCUGCGCGAGGGCGCCGAGGUCUUCCUGCCCUUCAGCUGGCUGCAGAGCUACUUCCACGUGUACGGCCGGCUGGCGCGCGUCGGCGGCCGCGAGCGCUUCGAGUUCUCCCACAGCUACUCCCGCGUGUACGCGCCCCGCGGGCCCUACCACCCCGACGGCGUGUUCAUGUCCUUCGAGGGCUACAACGUGGAGGUGCGCGACAGGGUCAAGUGCAUCAGCGGCGUGGAAGGUGUGCCUCUGUCCACGCAGUGGGGCCCCCAGGGCUACUUCUACCCCAUCCAGAUCGCGCAGUACGGGCUGAGCCACUACAGCAAGAACCUCACCGAGAAGCCCCCGCACGUCGAGGUGUAUGACACGGCCGAGGACGGGGACGCGGGCGGCUGGACGGUGCCCAAAGGCUGCUCCGUGACCGUCGUGGCCGACCGGUCCAGGUUCACCAACGUCAGACACUUCCAGGCGCCGGAAGCCGGCGAGGGCGUCUCCUUGCAGCUGGGGAGCACCAAGGAUUUCAUCCUGUCCUUCGACCUCAAGUUCGUGGGCAAUGGCAGCGUGUCCGUGGUCCUGGAGACCACGGAGAAGAGCCAGCCGUUCACCAUCCACUACGUGUCCAGCACCCAGCUCAUCGCCUUGCGGGACAGAGACAUCGUGUACGGCAUCGGGCCCCGCGCCGCCUGGAGCACCGUCACCAGGGACCUGGUCACCGACCUCAGGAAGGGCGUGGGCCUGUCCAGCACCAAGGCGGUCAGGCCCACCAAGAUCAUGCCCCGGCGGGUGGUGCGGCUGGUGGCCAGGGGCAGGGGCUUCCUGGACAACGUCACCGUGGCCAGCACGGCCCACAUGGCCGCCUUCUUCGCCGCCAGCGACUGGCUGCUGAGGAACCAGGACGAGCGGGGCGGCUGGCCCAUCCAGGUCACCCGCAAGCUGGGCGAGGGCUUCCGGCCGCUGGAGCCCGGCUGGUACUCCGCCAUGGCGCAGGGCCAGGCCAUGUCCACCCUGGUCAGGGCCUACCUGCUGACGCGGGACCGCGCCUUCCUCGGCUGCGCGCUGCGGGCCACGGGCCCCUUCCGGCUGCCCUCGGAGCAGCGCGGCGUGAGGGCCGUGUUCAUGGGCCGGCACGACUGGUACGAGGAGUACCCCACAGCGCCCGGCUCCUUCGUGCUCAACGGCUUCAUGUACGCCCUCAUCGGCCUGUACGACCUGCAGGAGGCCGCGGGCGAGGCGGCGGGCCGCGAGGCGCGCUCCCUGUACCGGCGCGGCCUGGACUCGCUCAAGGCCAUGCUGCCGCUCUACGACACGGGCUCGGGCAGCGUGUACGACCUGCGCCACGUCACGCUGGGCACCGCGCCCAACCUGGCGCGCUGGGACUACCACACCACCCACAUCAACCAGCUGCAGCUGCUCAGCACCGUGGACGACGCGCCCAUCUUCCGGGACUUCGUCCGGCGCUGGAAGAGCUACCUCAAGGGCGGCCGGGCCAAGCACAACUAGGGCGGCCGGGGGCCGGGGGAGCCGCCGCUCUGCUCUGCUCUGUCUCCACGCCCGCGGGUGAUGGUGCCGAGUAGCUCUUCCUGGGCGGCCGCCUGCACCGAGCACCGAGCACUCGCAGGAGCCGGGCCGGGCCGGGGCUCGGCGAUGGCGAUCGCUCCUCCUUCGUGUGGGAGCUGAGAGCGGCUCCUAGGAACGCGGGCGGCAUCUGGAGCCGUGCCCGUCUGGGAGCGAGCGACUCCCGGCCGGCCGGCGCCCAGGCUCCGCGGCCACACACCCUGAAGCACAACUGACCUGCACUUGCUGACCGCACAAGAAACCGCGAGCCCCUGCUCGAAGCUUGCUGGGUCUCCCUCGCCCGCCCCGUCGAGACCCCUCCUCUGUGUCGCUGUGGGGAUUUUGUACUCCGUGGCCGACCGUGGCCAAGAGUCUUGUCUGUGUGUGUGAGGGGCAGGCCUGGGACAGUGCUGUUCGGGGCUUUAUUUUUCGCGCAGGGGCCGGCCGUUUUGAUACGGGCACCUGCAGGGAGCCCCGUCGGUCUCCGCACAGAACCCGAGCACCAAACCAUUGACUGCGUCUGUUUGCCUUUGCCAUUUUAAUUGUAAGUUAUUUCGGCUGUUGGGUAGAAAAUAGACAUGAGAGAGGAAGUGAGUGCGUGUGUGUGAGUGUGAGUGUGUGUGUGUGUGUGUGUUUCCAGAGCCGGCCUGGCUCUCUGUCCCCAGUGUACCUCACAGAAGCCGGCGCCACGGCCCAGUGUCUCGGGAGGUGUCUGCUCCGGGACCCCGGAUCCUGGGGCUGCUCGGUCAGCUCCUAGCCCAUGCAGAGCGAAAAGACGGGCCCGACCUGCGGGGCUGGCUCUGCCCGAUCUGGUGUGGUCCCCGGCCCCGCAUCAGCAGCGCGCCCUGCCCUGCCCUGCCCUGCCCUGCCCUGCCCUGCCCUGCCCUCACAUCCCAGUUUUGGGUGUGCCUGGGUCAUCAGUGGGGGACAAAGAUGGCGCAGAGCUGGCCUGAGACCACUGAUGUGGCCGCGGAGAAGGGCCCCAGCCCCGGCGUCCCUGAGCGCAGCUGGCCGGCUGGACAACGCCCACCCCUCAGCUCGGUGGCGCUUCAGGUGAGGGCCGUGCAGGCCUGGCGAGCCUCGCCAGCCGGGCGGCCCCCAAAGCCCCAGCCACGUCACCUCACUGCCGCCGAACGUUCUGAGGGUGAGCCGGGCGGGAGGCGUCCCCGGGGCGCGGUCAGGUGCAGACCAGGUGGGCGAGUCUGCCUGGAGGUGCCGGGGCUCCACGGCGCCCGCUCGCCCUGGGUCCCUCCCGUCCUGUGACAUGUUUACGUCCCCACUCUGUCCGGGGCUGGAUGCCGCCGUUGGCCGCACCUGUCUUAGCUUUGCGGGUGAGCCCCAUGCCGCUCGCUGGGCUCAGACCCGCCGGGAAUUCCCGGGGCUUCGUCCAAACACCCCCGUGACCGAGAAGAGGCUCGGGGAGAGGACACAGGCUCAGCCCUCGGCAGGGCAGGCACGCAACCUCCCCGCGCCCCGUCCCGCCCCGUCCCCACGUGGGGUCUGCAGUGCCGAGUUCACCGGUGGCCGCGCAAAGGCGCGGGCCGAGCACAAUGUGCACACGCUAGUUUUCUACGCACCAAACUCGAUUUUUUGCAGAGGGAAAGCUUAUUUUGUUUCUAUACAAAGUCAGGUGGACUGUAUGUGCUUUGUGUAAAGCUGCUUUAUAAAAUUGUACAAUAAAGUCUUUAUCUAAAAAAA